UACACAUUUGUCAAUUUAGAUUUUAGUCAGUGUUUAAUUUUAUUUUGCUAUUGUUUAGAUAAAAGUUUAAUGAAACAUUUUUAAUAUGUAUUCUAGAUGUGGAAGUAGUGGAUCUAUUCAAAAUAUUCAUCAAACUCCAUCAUCUUCUAAUCAUAAUUCAGAAGACGAAGAUGAUAGUGGCGACAACAAGGCAUCUGCGUUGAGUUUUAAAGAAAGAAGACGAGAAGCACAUACGCAGGCUGAACAAAAAAGAAGAGAUGCCAUUAAAAAAGGCUAUGAUUCCCUACAAGAACUUGUCCCAACUUGUCAACAAACUGACGCUUCAGGAUACAAGCCAAGCAAAGCUACUGUUCUCCAAAAAUCAAUUGAUUACAUACAAUACCUAUUACAACAACGUAGACGCCAAGAAGAGGAGCGCAAUGCAUUGAGGAAAGAUGUUGUUGCUUUAAGAAUAAUGCAGGCCAAUUAUGAGCAAAUUGUUAAAGCUCAGCAUUCAGUGCCAGGUCAUAGUGAACAGAGGCUCACUGAUCAGGAAAAAUUCCAAGUUUUUCAGGGUAUUAUGGAUAAAUUGUUCGAAUCCUUUGAGUCGGUAACGACAAACAACUUUGCUGAAUUUUCUGCGGGUGUCUUCAACUGGCUAGAGGAAUAUUGUAAGCCACAAUCGUUGCGGACCUUAGUUCACGGCGUUUUGCGGGACCAAAGUUAUACACCUUGAUAAUAGUUAAUUUUUUUAUUCAAUAUAGCACUUCACAUAUCUCCAUGCCUUAAACAUAUUAAGAUCAAUCAAUGACUGAGUUUAAAACUCAUUACAAUAAUUUUUCAUAUGAAUAGUUUCUAUGUACUUAUAUGUGAAGUAUCAAAUAUUUUUGGUAUAAAUUAUAAACAAUAUGUCAAAAUAAAUUGAAUAUUAUAUAGUAUGUCUUAAUUAUAUCUUAGUUGAAUUGUUGAAUGGUUUAUUUUUAAUAAUAAGAUAUACAUAAUUUUUUUUGUUUAAUGGGUAGGAUAUAAAUGAAUUUGUGGCCUUCAAUUGCUGUGACGUUGAAAUAUCUUAAAUCUUACUAAAACUAUAUAUAAAAUUGUUAUACCUUCAUUACUAUAAUAUUUGUUUGAGUGUUGAGAUUAUUUAAAAUUCCAAAUACAAAACUUUAUGCUCAAGUGUGAUUCCGCCUAACUUUUGAACCUACUGUUAUGACAGGUGCUACUUCUGACGUUAAUCAAUAAUAGACUAAGGGCCUGUUUUACAAUGUCCGGAUAAGUUCCAAAUAAUUAUAAUAUAUAUAAUAAUAAUUUAUUACUUAUUGGUAGGAUAAACAGUAUUUUUGCGUUUCACGGCUGUCAGAUAACGCUAUUCGUCAUAAAAUGCCAAGUAUAUCAUUUGGAACUUUUAUCUUACGAAAAAUUUAUGUGUUACAUAGCUGUUUGGGACUUUAUCCAUACAUUGUGAAACAGGCCCUAAUAAUAAUAAUAAUUCGUCGGUUUUAAAUAUUUCAGGCAAUGGAAGACUCGUAGUGUCAGUUGAUUGAAAAAAGCGAAUUUGUGUAUGUUGGAAUUAGCACUUGUAUUACACCGCAUAUAAAAUGUUUCCAUAAAUAACCUUAUUAUGAAUAAAGACCAAAAACGGUACAUCCAUUUUCUGAUGAUAUAGAUUUGGCGGUGCUUGUUGCGUAAUGGUUUUGAUUUAAAUGUUAAAACGUUCCAAACAACGUAAGGUUAAAUGUAAUGUAAAACUAACGAGUUUCAAAUUUAGGAAACAUUUUGAUAAUUUAAAUAUAAUAAUUAAAUAUUAUAAAUCUAUUCAGAAACUUUUGUACUGGAAAGAAAAUAAAAUAAAAUUAUAACAUAGUGAAAAUCAUAUUUGUUGACUAAUUAUAAUAUUGGAAUAAGGGAUAGCUGGUAAUGCCUAUGUUGAUUAUGUCAUAUUUUAUUACGAUACAUAUAUUUCUAUUUACAUUC